GUAACACUACACUUCACGCUGGAGCCAAAAGGGGAAAGUUUCCAUUUGUAAAGUAUACACAUACUGCCUUCGUCAAGCAACAUCUUUCCAACAUCCUAUGAACCUCUAGGCAGGUGAGACAACAAAAAAGUUUGUCGAAGUGACAUGCGUUAUUUUGCCAAGCUCACAGCCAAGCUGCUGCAAUCACCUUCUCAAAUUGUCAAGCCAAUUGAUACCACAUCUCUUCAAACACGACCUCUAUUCACAAGAUUACAUUUCCAGGGCUGUAGAGCAUAUUCCGUUCAAUCCACAGACGAAAUUGAAUUUGAGGUCGCCAGAACAUGGUAUUCUAACUUCAACGAAUCAACCAUUUCCACAAAGCUAGCCGAGACCACCUACUCAGCUGCCGGAGGUCCUGGUGGUCAAAAGACAAACAAAACAUCUUCAAAAGCAAAUACAGUCUGGCCAAUGAAAAAGCUCGAUGCCAUUCUGCCGCUGACAAUAUCCAAUGGAUUACGCCGCGGCACGUAUUAUUUGAAGAAUACUGAUGCCAUUCAGAUUCAAUGUGAUAGUAGUCGUAAUCGGACUGAUAAUAAAGAGGAGACACAUCGAAGGUUACAUGAGGAAAUCAGACGUAUAUACAGAACGACCGUUCCGGGAAAGGCUUCAAUUGAGCAGCAGCAGAGAGUGAAGCACUUACAAACUGCAGCCAACACAGCACGGUUGAAAAUGAAAAAGCAACACGGGGAUAAAAAGAAGUCUAGAAGCAGUGGAAAAGGUGGCAGCGAUUUCUAAAACAGAUUUAUGACAUACUUUUUUCAAUUGUCUGGAACGUUUCACUAUCUCUGAAAAGUCAACCGAGUAGAAUGCGAACUGGUUCACUGGAUAAAGAAGCAUAUAUGUAUUAUAUUUCAAUUGCUUCGAAGUAAGAAUUCACCCCAUACAUAGGAUGUUACAAACACAAAACCAACCAACCCACCAACCAACUCAGAACCCAGCAGCCAACAAUUAAAAAUUACCAACCAUCAACCCAUCUCA